CCCACCUCCAACCUGCAAGUUCUGCUCGAGGCAGUUUCACAGUUAUCCAGGGCGCGAGCUGUGAGAGCAACACCGAGGCAGGUCCGGGAGCAGGGCAGUGUGAACGUGCCGUGUCAAUAAAGACAGAGACUGAUCAGUUUCCAUCGCAUCUUUAAAGGUCGACCUGAUGGCUACCAGCAACUUCACCCCUGUUACAUUUUGUGAUAUAUGUAGCAAUGCCUUCUACUUUGAUGUUAAAGUGGCCAUAACAGAAGUGGAUGUAGACACUUACAUGAUCACAGAUCAAUACCAGAAUUAUAAGCUCCUAAGCCACGACGACAAAUUCCUGCUUCUGAACGAUGAACGAAAAUUUCAAGCACAGCUCUUAAAUGCGAAGGAGCAGCAUCAGUCUGACUGCAGAUUCAACAUCAAUAUAUACAAAGACUCUUGCCAAGAGACACAGCACAGGGCAGUCAUACUGUCCAUCGUUAAAGAUGACAAGAGGAUGGUGGCAUGCUGCAGUGGGAAUAAUGAAAUCAGUGCUGUAGAAAUGGAACUUCCACACACAAUCCCAGAAACUUCUCACAAGGCCUUGUUCUACCUGAAGAAGCUCCCAGCACAUAACAAGUUUAUGUUCGAGUCCUCUGUGUACCCGUCUAAAUUCCUGGGAUUUGAACCUGAUGAGGACAAUCCCACCCUGAACAAACUGGUCUUGCGUCACAAAACCAGCGAUGAAGUGGAUGAGACUGCUGAGCUUACCUUGAUGAAAUGAAUGAUUACCAAAGAGCCAGUCGUAUAGAAAACACCACGUUUUGAUUAAGGAUAAAUUGUAUGGACAACUUGCUGCUGCUGCUUGUGCAUAAAGCUUUUUUCUUGCUAUGUGCAGUUUUACAGUGAAGCCUUUACCACUGGCUUAUACAGAAACAAGAUGUAUGCCUGUCUGUCUGUGUAGUCAUAUGACUAAAUUCUGACAAAUAUUUAAAUGAACCAACAGCUGAAAAUAUGAAAACAUA